AUGCAGGCGGAGUUUCCCCUACUAGAUCCUACAGUCGUUAUCGCAAUCGCGAGCGAAAUAGAUCUUGAAGAUGCCGGCCAGCUCACUGACGUUCGCGGGAUGCUGCAGAGCAUAGCCCAGAAUGUCCUUGUUGAAGAGGCGAGCGGAUUCAAUGCCAGCGGUGUCCCGGACACCAUCAGCUCCAUUGAUGGCGGAGCCGAUGCGCGAGACAGCUCCACGGUUUCGGAGGGGGUCCAGCUGAGGGACUCAGAUUCCUCUGGGACCAGACUGACCAGCCCACCCCCGUCUGAACCGGAUUAUGACGUCCCUCGUAUAGCAACGUUUGACGGAGAAUCGGACCAGGAAAAGCUCUUGCAGCUGCAGGAUAUGUUUUCGGAUCUGAAGCCCCAUGACGUGAGCUUCGCACUCAAGAAAGCCAAGGGCGAUUUCCAGGCCGCUCUGGAGACCUUGUUGAACAUUCAGUAUCUUGAGUCCAUCGGCGAAAGGCCAAAGGGCAUCGACGGCUUCGUGGACUCGGGGCUGCCUCAAAAGCCGUCUGGGAAAAAGAAGGGCAAAGGGAAGAAACGGAAAGACCUGCGUACGGAUUUGUCCUCUAGCUCGAGCAGUAUCAAUGAGACUUCUCCUGUCAUAGAUGAGAACGAGCGGGUUGAAAAGAUCCUCUUCAUUGUAGAGAAGCUCGAUCUGCAGUUCGAUGAAGUCUCGGAUGUCUUCGAUGCGCUCAAAGGUUCGACGGAACUUACUAUCAUAGAGUUCCUCGAUCGUUUUGUCAAGCAAGGUAUUGGUGCCUGGACUGGGGAAGAUGGGCACCGAAAGCAGUACAUUCAGGAACUGAAGAAGCAAUAUCGGCACAUCCCCGAGCAGUACCUGUCGCCCCUCAAUGAAGUCACACGUAGUGAUUAUCAGUGGAUAGAGGAGGUUGCUACAUUGCUGAAUCGUUAUUUUGGCAGAUUGCCCGCAAAGCGCCUGGACAUCAACUACAAGCUUGCGCCUUUGACGACGGAAGAGCUGGAGGGGUCGUCCGAUGGCUGGCAAAAGGUGGUCUCGCCCAAGACGUCGCUCAUGUCGCCUAUUGGGCGCCCCCUCACUAGCCCAGUCCUCCUGAAUAGUCCAUCGGGACCCCGCACUUAUCAGCAGGCCAUGGAUACAGCUGGCGUAUACCGUGAGGCCAGCAACCACUCUUAUUCAACCGCCGGUCAAGUGUACAAGAAGGGACAUUUAUACAGGCAGGCAGCAGGAUACUAUGCAGAUCGGGGACGUGAGGAGGCACGCAGCUUCGCCAAGGCGAAGAGUGUCGCGGCCGAUAUCCACGUAUCUAGCACUAGCUCAGGAAAGGCGAUCGAUCUCCACGGCGUUGAAGUUGCAGACGGCGUCCGAAUCGCUCGUGAGCGCGUCUGGGACUGGUGGAAUAGUCUGGGCGAGUACCGAACCAGGAAGGCGGGCGAAGGCUUCACGAUUGUCACAGGCCGCGGCCUCCAUAGCGCCGGAGGCGUGUCGCGACUGAGACAGGGCGUUAUCGCCGCCCUCGUCAACGAUGGGUGGAAAGUAUCGAUCGAAACUGGGAGCUAUCGUGUGACGGGCCGACGUUGA